AAAGAAAGUGAAUUAUAUCUAAAUAGAAAAGGCUGGUUUUCCUUUAAUGUACAAGUUAUCGUUAAUACUAAAUUGGAAAUUAUAGAUAUUGUGGCACGAUGGCCAGGAUCUACACAUGAUUCCACUAUUUUCAAUCAUUCACGAAUAAAAAGUUUAUUUGAAACAGGCACAUUUGGUGACAGUGUACUUAUAGCAGAUUCUGGAUAUCCAAACAUAUCGUAUAUUGUGUGUCCAUUACAAUCUCCGACAACAGCUGCAGAGCAUUUCUAUAAUGAAUCUCAAAUCAGAACGCGUUCAAAAAUCGAACGUUUCUUCGGUAUAUGGAAGAGGACAUUUCCAAUUUUAUCUGUUGGAGCACGUUUUCGCACACCUGAGAAAAUGCUUCUUGUUAUUGUUGCAACAGCAGUGUUACACAACAUUAUUCAACACGAUAAAGAGGAAAUUAUAACUAAUCCCGAAGCAUAUAAUAAUGCUAUUGUUUUAAUGCAAGACAUAAAUAAGAGUAACAGAAAUGUCACUGAUGUGUGACGUACAAUAGUGAAAUAUUUUGAAAGAUUAAUUUUUUGAGCACGUAAGAAAGACGUUACAAGACAACAUGAUAGGUGUGUGAAGAAUGGCAAGGAUAUGCAAAAUCGAUUAUUAAUAUGUAUUUACAUUGAUAUGAGGCAAACAUUUUUAUUUAAUGAAAACUUAUUAAUUAGACUUUCAAUGAUAAGUAAGUUUAAUAUAAUUCAUGAAAAUUUUAUUUUACAAACUUUUAUACAUUUUGUACUUACAGUUGCAUGUACAGUUUGUAUUGUAUACAUAAUACAUAAAAUAUAGUAUAAAAUAAUAUAUCCACUAAUACUCUUGUACCUAUUU